GAAGUUGGUAAGCUUUUCUCUAACAUGUAGCUGGGAAGGGAUUGUGUUCUUCAUUUUUGAUUCUUUUCAAUGUCAAUGUAAUAAACAAACGUGCUUGGAAGUCUCCCUGUAAAGGUUUCUGUAUACUAUAUAUACACACCCUAUUGGUCCAUUAACUCUCAACAUUUCCAAGUCUCUCCAUCUCUUUCCCUCUCAGAAAAUUCCAUUGCUACAUUCUUGAAAAUCUCAGUGCUGCCUCCGUAAGGUAGUAAUCAUCAGAAACUCCACUACUAGCUAGUGUCCACUAGAUAAGAGCAGGGAGGGUAAGGAAGUAGCCAUGGAAGCAAAGAGAUGGGUCUCUUUGGUUUUCUUGGCUUUAAUCUUAGUUGGAUUAUCUUCUUCAGAUUUGUUUGUUCAAGAUUCAGAUCAACAAGUUCAAGCCAUUUCUUUUAUAAGUGAUCUGAAGGCAACAUUCCUUGGAUUUUUUGAUGGAACAUGGCUUACAAUGGAAGAUGCAAGUGCCAUAAACGAAGAGAUUAAACCUAAACAUGUCAUCUUAACUCCAAACCUCACGACGUGUCAUAAGUCACUUUCCGAUGCCGAUCGACCGGUUUAUUGUUGUCCACCAAAACGUGAAUCAUUAGAACCCAUAAUUGAUUUCCAAUUUCCAGACAUUUCAGAGCCAAUUAGAGUCAGGAAACCAGCUCACAAGGUUGAUGCAGAUUACAUCGCCAAGUAUAACAGAGCCAUAGCCAUCAUGAAAUCAUUACCUUACGACGAUCCACGCAGCUACAUGCGUCAAGCUAAUAUGCAUUGCAUAUACUGCACCGGUGCUUACAAUCAACAGAACUCCAACUCUCUACUCAAAAUUCACAGAUCUUGGAUGUUUUUCCCAUGGCACAGAAUGAUGAUUUACUUUCACGAGAGGAUUCUCGGAAGUUUGAUCGGGGACGAGAAUUUCGCUCUACCUUUCUGGAACUGGGAUUCGCCGGACGGUAUGUUUAUUCCGGACAUGUACUUGAAUGGGUCAAUGAUUGAUACGCAGCGGGAUAGUUCUCACCUGCCACCUCAAGUUGCUGACAUUAAUUACGAUUACUUCGAAAGAGGAUUAGGACCUGAAGAUCAGAUUUCAACAAACGUUGCUUUCAUGUACAAUCAAAUGGUGUCUGGCGCUAAAAAGACUGAACUGUUCAUGGGGUGUCCUUAUAAAGCCGGCGAGAAUGGGUUUUGUGACGGACCAGGAACUAUCGAACUGGCGCCACAUAAUGCAUUGCAUACUUGGGUUGGUAGUAACUUGAAUCCUGAAAGAGAAGAUUUGGGAGCCUUUUAUUCAGCUGCAAGAGAUCCAAUUUUCUAUGCACAUCAUUCAAACAUCGAUCGCCUUUGGAACGUAUGGAACCAACUCCGGGGCGGCGACAAGCCGGCGAUUGAAGAUCCGGAAUGGUUAGAUUCUACCUUUUACUUCCACAACGAGAAGUCGCAGCUUGUUAGAAUAAAAAUCAGAGACGUUCUUGACAGUUCUAAGCUUAGAUACGCUUACGAGAAGGUCGAGAAUGUAUGGCUCAACGCGAGACCCAAACCCUCCGUACCACCGAAGAUCGCUCGUCAGGUCUUGAAAAUGCGAGAGAAUCAGAACCCGUUCUUGGAUAUCUCUAAUGAAGCUAUCGUUUCACCGGAUUUCGGGCUGAACGGUAAGAGGCUCGAUACGACGGUAAGAGUGAAGCUUCGUAGACCGAAGACACAUAGAAGUAAGACUGAGAAAGAGCAAGAAGAAGAGAUUAUAGUUGUUUAUGGAAUUGACAUCAGUAAGGAUGCGUACGUCAAGUUCGACGUUUAUGUUAAUGCUGUUGAUGAGACCAUGAUUGGUCCUGAAUCGAGAGAGUUUGCAGGAACAUUUGUGAACAUGAAGAGGGGAGUAAGGAUAGUGUUGAACAAAGGAGAUUUGGUGGUGAAGAGAAAGACAGUUUUUAAGGUGGGUAUCACUGAGCUGUUGGAAGACCUCGAGGCAGACGGCGAUGAGACCAUUUGGGUCACAUUGGUACCGAGAGGCGGGACUGGCAUCAAUACAACUGUUGACGGAGUUCGGAUUGAGUAUAUGAAAUGAUAAGAUAAAGCUUGUUAAAUUUUUUUUUGAUAUCUAUUUGUUAUUGUUUAAUAGCUAUUCUUAAAUUAAAAUGACUAGUGGCGAUGAGACUGUUUUUUGUUACUACUUCGAAUGUGUUAAUUCGAAAGAGAAAUGUAAAUGUGUAUUAUGAAUACCAUGAAAUGAGAAACGAGGUUUGGUAAGAA